CAACUAGGGCAUAUUUACCACAAAGCACUUAGCCUAGGGCAGCAUUGAAAGAAGGGAUUACACACCACCCACUCUGAAGAACAGAGGUUUCAUACAGGUGCUUUCCAUCAGGUAUUGAAAACACCUGUGGAAUGUCCAAUAGACUUACAAACAAGGGCAUAUUUACCACAAAGCACUUGCCUAGGGCAGCAUUUUUCAGGGGGGCAGCACCUCCCCCCAGAAGAAGGGAUGAAAGAAGGGAUACACACACCAUGGGAAAUAGGUGGGAUCUGAGAGAGGCUGCGGGCUGCUUA